AUGCAAUCUCAUGGUGGAAUUGCGCAAUUCAAGGAUGGCGUGGAGUACCAGAGCAAAGGAAUUUUCCACGUCGUCCAGACUAGGCGGACCUGCGCGAUCUUUCUUCUUGAUUUUUUUCAUACAGUCAUUCAUUUGCCAUUCCCCGGCCUCUUUGCAGUCACAUUGACUGUGUAUUUUGUGUGCUUCGGCUUUUUUGCAGCUUUCUGGAUUUGGUUUUCUGAUGAAUGCGAAGUUGGCCUUGUCACCUACAGAGACGCCUUCUACUUGUCUGUUGAGACCCAGAUGACUAUUGGAUAUGGCGUUCCGGAUCCAAACUUUGGAGGAUGCUGGGAAGCGGCAAUUCUCAUAGUUGUGCAGACGGUGGUCGGACUAAUGCUAGAUGCUACAGUGAUUGGAGUGGUUUUUCAGAAGCUGGCGAAUGCAAAUGCGCGGGCCAACACGGUAAUUUUCAGUGAUACAGCGCUACUGGAAGUUGAAGAUGGUCGUGCUUAUCUCCGUUUUCGUGUAGCGGACAUGUCCUGGAGGCCGCUCUCGCAGGCCACCAUGCAAGUCUACUGCGUGCAGCAUCAUCGCGAUGCCAGCCAGCCGCGCGGAAUCCGGGUGGAGCUUGCUGCAGUGCAGCUGGAGGAGCCAGACACCGAUAUUCACAAUGGGAUAAUAUUUCUAGGCUUGCCCGCAAUGGUGUCUCACAAAAUAGACUACAGCAGCCCGUUGGCGCCUGAUGUUCCAGCCGACACGCCAGGCUGCCCGACUGCUGCAGAGGUGCGUGACUAUUUGAGUCAAUCGCCAUAUUUGGAAGUGCUGGUGCUGCUGAGCGGUACGGAAGAAUCAACUGGAGCUGUUGUCGAAGCCCGGCAUUCCUACACUUUGGACGACAUCUUCUGGAACAGGACGUACUGCCCUUGCGUCUCCAUCAACAGCGAGGGUUCAAUGCUGAAGGCAGUCAUGGUCCUGGCCUCACGAGAUGUCCAGGCACCAAAGCCUUUAGUCGGAGCGUGGAGCGUUGCGAAUUUCGGAAAGGGCGAUGAAAAUCAGGACGCCUUUUUCACUUCAUGCAGCGAAAGCGGCACAAAAUGCUUUGUUGGUGUAUUUGAUGGUCAUGGAGAUCAAGGCAAGAAAAUGUCACACUUUGCCAAACAAGCAUUGAGUAAGAGCUUGUUCAGCAACAAUGAUAUCCACACAGAGCCGGUCGCUGCCAUCCAGGCCGCCUUCCGGGACACCCAGGAGAGGAUUGAGAAAGAUCAUCGCCACCAAGCUGAACUAUCUGGCACGACUGCUAUCACCGCUUAUCAGCAUCGAAACCGUUUGGUGGUCGCGAAUGUGGGCGACUCGCGGGCUGUCCUGGGUCGGUGUAGUACCCCAGCUCGUCAAACAGUAUCGGCUGUGGACCUGUCCGUUGACCAGAAGCCAGCACGACCAGAUGAGCGCCAGCGAAUUAUGGCAGCAGGCGGCACUGUGGAUCAGAUGGCAAUUCCUGUCGUACAGAGAGGUGGCGUUAGGUGGAUACGAGCAGGGCCUGAGCGAGUCAUGGACAAGCAAGGCAUGGGCGGUUUGGCAAUGUCCCGUUCACUUGGUGAUUUGAGGCUGCAUCCUUACGUGAUUUCCCAGCCUGAAGUCAUCGAGCGAAAGCUGGACAGCAGAGACAAGGUACUUGUAUUGGCCACUGAUGGUGUUUGGGACCAUGUGAGCUCGCAAGAGGCCGUGGACAUAGCUGGAAAAUUUGACGAUCCCAAAGCAGCAGCACGCGAAAUUGCAGGAAUAGCGCGACACCGGUGGCAGGUAGCCACAGAGGGGCAGAUGUCUGACGACAUCACAGCAGUUGUGGUUCGCUUGAAUUCUGGCGAAGCCAGUGCUUCAUCCGCACCGGCGGCAGCACCUGUGAAAGAUCCCCAUAUACGAAGGACGAGCAUGCUGCAGUCGCUUUUUGGAGGAGGCCCUUCCACACAGCGGCGUGGCAAGUUGGAGGCCAGCCGAGCACAAGAUCCCUCAAAGCCCGCAUCACCUGCCUUUCCGCAACAGCAUGCGAGUUUGAGAUUGCCAGAGUGCCCCCGAGUGUCGGGAAAGGCUCGUUCCAUCACAGCCUCAGGUCGGCGCUCGGACAACGCUGCUGUUCACGGUUUGAGGAGUGCCGGCAGGCCAGUUUCCACUGGCCCGGGCUCAAGUCAGCGCUUAAUCCUGGAUUCUCUUCCUCAUCCAGGACAUCGCGGUGUACUGUGA